UUUCACAUCAUUUUAAGUUGGUAGUUUCUUAGUACAGUAAACCCUAAACUCUUUUUAUCAUCCUCCGACUGCAUUUGAGUUGAUUGAUACGCAAUGUCUCUGUUUGUUCCUCACUAUGUCUGCAUCAAAUUCUCCUAUCCGAAUAAAUACAAGAUAUUUCACUCAGCGCAACAUUCGAGAAUGAACACCAGCAGAGUGUCCGCUGUAGUAUCUGCUCAGCAAGAUGUGUCAAAUUACAUACCAGCAGCUCCAAUAUUACUGCCGGAAGGGCCAUGGCAUCAGGUUCCAGGUGGAGUUGCAGCAGCAAAAGGUUUUAAAGCUGCUGGGAUGUAUGGUGGACUGCGUGCAGUAGGAGAGAAGCCUGAUCUUGCACUGGUGACUUGUGAUGUGGAUGCCAUAUCUGCAGGUGCAUUUACAACUAAUGUGGUUGCAGCUGCACCUGUAUUAUACUGUAAAGAGGCGCUAGAAACGUCUACAACGGCUCGUGCAAUACUAAUAAAUGCUGGGCAAGCAAAUGCUGCAACGGGAGAUGCAGGCUACCAAGAUGUUAUAGACUGUUCGCAUGCCCUUGCUGAGUUGCUGCAACUGAAGCCAGAGCAAGUUUUGAUUGAAUCCACUGGUGUGAUUGGUCAACGGAUCAAGAAGGAGCCUCUUCUCAAAUCACUACCUGAUUUAGUAAACCUGCUAUCAUCCACUGUUCAGGGGGCAGAUUCUGCUGCUGUAGCAAUAACCACCACUGACCUUGUAAGCAAAAGUAUCGCAAUUGAAUCUGAGGUUGGAGGAACUCGUGUUAGAGUUGGUGGUAUGGCAAAGGGUUCUGGAAUGAUCCAUCCCAACAUGGCAACAAUGCUUGGGGUUAUAACAACAGAUGCCUUGGUUACAAGUGAUGUCUGGCGAAAAAUGGUGCGAGUUGCUGUAAACCGUAGUUUUAACCAAAUUACUGUAGAUGGAGACACCAGUACUAAUGAUUGUGUAAUUGCUUUGGCUAGUGGCCUUUCAGGAGCAAACAAGAUUUCUUCUUUAAAUAAUUCUGACGCAGAACAUCUGCAAGCAUGUCUUGAUGCUGUAAUGCAAGGUCUUGCAAAAUCGAUAGCUUGGGAUGGUGAAGGAGCAACAUGCUUGAUCGAGGUCAAAGUAUCCGGAGCAGGAACUGAAGCUGAUGCCGCAAAGGUUGCACGAUCAGUGGCAUCUUCUUCAUUAACCAAGGCUGCAGUAUAUGGCCGGGAUCCGAAUUGGGGGCGCAUAGCUUGUGCUGCUGGUUAUGCAGGGAUUCCUUUCAAUCCAAAUAAACUCCGAAUAUCACUUGGUGAUAUUCUAUUGAUGGAGAGUGGCCAGCCACUGCCGUUCGACAGGGCUGCUGCCAGUAAUUAUCUCAGGACGACAGGUGAAAAACAUGGAACGGUCAUAAUUCAAAUAUCUAUUGGUGAUGGUCUUGGGAGUGGGCAAGCAUGGGGCUGUGACCUGAGUUAUGACUAUGUGAAAAUAAAUGCGGAGUACACAACAUGAGUGAGUUCCUCAAUUGCACUUAUAUGAUGGAACAGUCGCAUUGCACUUAUAUGUGAUGGAACAGGGAAUGGGCUCAGGAUAGUCGUGCGGAGCUUCUUGUACUCGAAUGGAUCCUUGUGUCAAAACAUAUGGGUCUACAAUAUACUAAGCUGGGACUGUGAAACCAUGUAACUUAUAACUCUGUUUUCUGAUGCCAUCUUAUCUGUUACUCUGCUCUAUUCUGCUUUGGAACACUAAUUAUGCAAUUGUUAUAUUGAGCUUUU